CCGCUCUCGUUCCUCUUCGCUGCCAAUUGAUGAGAGAGACUCCCCCAAAUCUCUCUCUCUCUCUCUCUCUCCCUCUCUCUGUGAAAGAAGACGAUGAGUAAUUAUCCACGACUCGGAGUUGGCUCGGCGCGGCGCUGAUUCGCCAGUCGCCGGCGGAAGGGGGAGUCCGCCUCCGCAGCGAGCGUCGGGGGGGCCCUCUUCGGCGAGAUCUCCGCUCGUGCUCAGGAAGGAAUUCUAUGUCUUAGUGUUCUCAGCUCUUGAGUGAAUCUGGCGCUCUUUUUUUCGCUCGUGCAGCUUGAGAAAGACUAUUUAAGGUUAUUUGGCUUGUGAGGAGUGAAGCUCCAUCCAUGGGAGAGGAGACAUCCGAUACAAUGAACCUGGAUCUGAAUUUGGGACCUGUUUCUGAUCAAGAAGUGGAAAUGUCAACGCAAAUUGCGGAGUUUGAGACCUGGUACGAAGGGCAAAUUCGCAGGAUGAGGGAAGCUAGCAGGAUGAGAGAAGCCAGGUUGAGGGGUCGGCAGCGGUGGAGACGGCGGGCAGCUCGGAUUUCACCGGAGGCUCGCAACAUAUCCGUGGACCUGGAUCAGCUGGUGAUUGACUCGGGUAAUGUGACGACCUUACACACUGGUGAGGGGAGUGUUCCUGCUGAGGAUAGAUUAGGAGAGGGGCCAAAAGUUUGUGAGAACAACGCAAGUUUUCUAAUAGACGCCAAGUCAGAGAAGAAGGAUGACAUGGAGAAAGGUGGUGAGACUGAGGGGAGCCUGUUUGAUUGCAAUAUAUGUUUGGACUUGGCUAGAGACCCUGUUGUGACUUGUUGUGGUCACUUGUUUUGCUGGCCAUGCCUUUACCAAUGGUUACACAUUCACUCGGAUGUGAAGGAAUGUCCUGUUUGCAAGGGAGAGGUAACUAUUAAGACUGUGACACCAAUAUAUGGGCGUGGGAACAGUACUUGUAGGCCUGAGGAAGAUUUGACUGUCAAGAUCCCCGGCAGGCCUAAUGCACGUCGUGCUGAAAGUUUCCGGCAAGCUGUUCAGAGAUCAUCUCCCCUGCAUUUCCCUAUGGAGGACAUCAUCCGGCAUCUUGGGGGUAGAUUUGAUUUGGCCCAGGAUUUGACUCAGCCACCUGAGUCUAGUGAUAUCCGUGAAACAUCAAGGACUGUGCUAAAUCGCCUUUUGACUUCUCGUGGAAUGCGUAGAGAACAAAAUGUAAUUGUGCCGCCUGUUGAUGAUGUUCAUUUUCUGAGGGACAACAUCCCUAAUACUGAUCGGAGCCGUCGACUCUCUUUAUUGAUUAGAAGAUCACAAUCUUAUAGAAAUGCUACGGUUCCUAUGGAAGCAUAUUUCCGCGAUCAUAAUCUAGGAAGAAAUGAGGAGCAGCCUCCUUCGGUUGACGAUAGAGAUUCUUUCUCGAGCAUUGCUGCUGUAAUAAACUCAGAAAGCCAAAUGGAUACUGCUGUUGAGAUAGAUUCAAUGGUAUCCCUUUCGACUUCAUCUUCAAGAAGAAGAGGUGAUGCUUCUAGGACUUCAGAUGUUGACAGUGGGGAUUCUCGUGCAACCAGGAGGCGGCGGCUGGACUGAAAGCAUACUUGACCUAUCAAGUAUUCGUACUCUACAUCUGUACAAGUUUGAAAAUUGUUGCCUAAAAACUGCUUCUGCAACUCUGCUUUAGUCUCAUUUUUCUUCCGGAUAAUUGUGGCUCAGGUAAUUAGGGAACUUUUGAACCCCUUCUGCUUUGUUUGGGUUAUAAGUUCCUUGAUAUAGAAUCUCCAGUGCCUUAUGAAUGGCAAAUCAUGCUGUGGUGGGAUUGGAUGUUAA